AUGACGAAUUCCAAGGGUUAUCGUCGCGGUACUAGGGACUUGUUCGCCCGCAAGUUCCGCACACAUGGAACCAUACCGCUAUCCACUUAUAUGAAAGUUUACAAAGUUGGAGACAUCGUUGACAUAAGGGGCAAUGGUGCAGUCCAGAAAGGUAUGCCACACAAAGUCUAUCAUGGCAAAACUGGUCGUGUCUACAAUGUCACAGCACAUGCCCUGGGCGUUAUCGUAAACAAGCGAGUCCGAGGCCGCAUCCUACCCAAAAGAAUCAACAUCCGGGUAGAGCAUGUCAAACACUCCAAAUGCAGAGAAGAUUUCCUUAAGCGUGUGAAGGAAAACGAGAGGCUCCUGAAGGAAGCUAAAGCUGCAGGCAAGAUUGUUAAGCUAAAGAGACAGCCUGAACCACCAAAAGCUGCUCACAUUGUUAGCGGUAUUGAGAAACCAAUCCUUUUGGCUCCAAUUCCAUACGAGUUUGUAGCUUAA